CUCGACAUACGUGGUUUGCUGUAGGGCAGACUGGUUGACGUGAAGCAUAUUGACCACAGGCCGCAGUCAGGCAUCAGUUUAGCCGCGUUGCCGCUUGCUUUUCCGCCACAGUUCAAACUGGCAGUCGCGUUUGUUAUGAGUGGUUGUCAUCCACCGACACAUACAUUGGAUUAAUGUCGUGAUACGCCCGGCAAAUAUGUUUACAAGGAUCUUGUAUUGCUCAAACCCAAGUGUAACGUCGGAUAGUAACUUUAAGUUACCUUUUUACUAACGUAGUUAGCUGUUGUUAGCUCGAAAGAGCUAACGCUCGUCAACUCACUGUGAUGUCUCUGCCCCCAGAGAAAGCUUCCGAGCUGAAACAAAUCAUUCACAACCAUCUGCUCAAGAUGGACAUCCACGGAAAGAUCCGAGAGGUUCUGGCCGCGACUGUGAGGGAGGAGCAGGGCCCGGCAGGGCGACCCCUGUCUGAGACGGAUUUCCUGCAGGCUCUGCAGCGUAGGGGCAUCAUUGAGGAUGUGAUGAAGGGCCUACACCUUACCCAGGAAGUCCAAACAGAUUCCGAAAGAGGAUCCCGUCCUAAGGCUGCUCCUCACCUUGAUAACAACAAUAUCACUCUGCUUGAAAAAACCGUUAUUGACCCGUCCAGGAGGCACUUGUAUGUCCAAGUGCUUGGUGGUAAGGCCUUCCUGGAGCAUCUCCAGGAACCAGAGCCUUUACCCGGUCAAGUGUGCUCCACAUUGACGCUCUACCUGCACUUCCGCAACCAGAGGUUCCGUUCAAAGCCGGUGCCCUGCGCCUGCGAACCUGACCUGAAGGAGGGAUUCCUCCUGGAGGUCCAAAGAGAGGGAACCGGUGAGGGCAGUAAAAUGGCCGACGCCACCGCCAUGCUGUCUCUGUGUGACCCGGUUCACAUAGUGCUGAUCAGGACGGACACCUCCGGUGAGACGGCACUGGUCUCGUCCUACUUCCUGGACUGGAGGGCGGUCCUCGGCUCGCCCAACGGGAAGACCUGCUUUGCUGUGGAGCUGAUGGGCGUUGGAAGUGAAUGCAAAGUGCCAGCUGGUGUUCUGACCAUCAGUCUAGAGCUCUACCCUCCUCUCACUGAGGCUCUGAGCGCCGCCGUCAUCAGCACACAGCAAUCACUGGAGAGGCAGAGGACGGCGGAGAAGGAGAGGCUCUUCUUGGUUUAUGCCAAACAGUGGUGGAGGGAGUUUCUGGAGAUCCGCCCAUCAAACCAAUCCAAAAUGGUCAAGAUCUUUGCGCAGGACGAGAACGGCAUCAACAGGCCGACUUGUUCUUACGUGCGUGUCCUGCGAGCCGGCCGACUUCUGGAGAGCCCACGACAGGUGGCCCGCUUCGUCAGCCUGCUGGCCCACGAGAAGGCCCCCGUAGUGGGGGGAGGAGGCAAGCAGGAGCAGUGGUGCACGUUAAUGGCGUUCCUGUGUAGGGGGAAGGGGGACUGCGAGGACCACGCCGCCCUGCUGUGCAGCCUCCUGCUGGGCUUCGGCCUGGAUGCGUACGUGUGCGUGGGCACCAAAGCCAAGGGGACGCCGCACGCCUGGGUGCUGACCCGCGGCGCCGACGGGAGCAUCACCUUCUGGGAGAGUCUGACGGCACACAGAUACCUGCACCGGGCCAUAGACCCGGACGCCCCGCCGCUGGCCCCCCAGCCCAAACCUUCGUCCCCCUACCGCACCGUGGGCUGCGUCUUCAACCACCUGACCUUCCUGGCCAACUGCCAGCCGUCCGACGCCGUGGAGCUUUGUGUCUUUGACCUGCAGAAUCAGUCUCGGUGGAAGGCAAUGAGUGAAGAAGCUCUGAAGACCGUUUGCGCCCCGGGCUCCACCACAUCUCUGCCCCCGCUGCCUCCUCUCUGUGCCCCAUCUCUGGAUCCAGCUGCUGCCAGCAACCAGCUGGAGCUGGAGAUGCGCUUGCUGGUCUCUGAGCACAGGAAGGACCUGGAACUGGCGACGGUGUGGGACGACCACCUGUCCUAUCUGCUGUCCUCUGCGCUGUCGGCCUACGAGCUGGAGCGCUGCACCGGCGUCUCGUGCGGCAACGAGGAGUUCCAGGACGCCGUGAGGAGGGCGGUGCCAGACGGGCACACCUUCAAAGGCUUCCCCAUCCACUUCUUGCACCGCAACGCUCGCAGGGCCUUUGCUACCUGCCUCAGAGGCCCCUCAUGGGGUUCUGCUUCCCCCCCGCCGGCCUGAAAGAAACCCAUUGGCUCUCCUCUCACAAGGGAGACGCUGACUCCUGCACGACUUCCAUCCAGCUCCGGGUUGUUUUGCAUCGAGUGCCUUGGAGCAGCGGGGAGAGACGAGGUUGCACUGUGAGGCCUUUAACGCGGCGCUGCAAUGGAACGCAAGACGGGAAGCAAUUCUACCGUGGAACACAUUUGAAAUAAUGAGAUUAUUGCAUGUCUUUUUAUCUCUGCCGGAAUCAUUUAGGAAAUUACUGCUGAUUUUUUUAAGCAUACAUGAAUAUUUCUGAUUAAGACUUUUUUGUGAUGCACAAACUCAGACUUCUAUAUCCCAAUUCAGGAACCGUCUAGACUUUUACACUUGAAAUAGACAAAAUCUCUAUAUUGUUUGUUGGAAUGUGCAGCAUUCUGAGAUCUCAGGCUGAUUAUGCACAGCGGCAGAACGGGCACCCAGAGGUGUCCCCUGCUGCUGAAUCAAUCAGCAGGUCAAUCAGGCAUGGACGUAGUAGCUGCCAUGAAAUGCAGUAAUCAAGGUUCAGUCCCUUCACUUUUGGGUGUGGUUUCAGAAAGUGAAAAACAUCUGUUCAAGCGACUGAAACCUGCAGCGCGGUUGUAACUAUGAUGGUGGCAAAGGGAGGAGGUCAGGGACAACGGAGGUUCCACAAAAUGCACACGGCACUCAGGUGGCAUAAUGAGGUCAUAAUAAACUGUGUGGCUAAAGUACAGCUACAAAAUGUUAUAAUUAAGUUAUACUCAUUAAGUUUUGACCAUAAUUUC